AUGGCAAUGCACUUCAAUUCCAAUAUCUUCCUUUUGGCUUUCUUUGCCAUUACUGGGAUUCUCUUUUCCAGUGACAACAACAUGGUUGUUGGCCAAGGUUGUGAAGCUGAUGUGGAGAAUUUGGUAAACAACUGUGGUAGGUUCGUUCAAAGGGAUAAGCCAAGGAUAUCUCCAUCUCCACAAUGCUGCAAUGCCGUCCAUAAAGCAAACAUCAAAUGUGCAUGCAGCCAUGUGACCAAUGAGAAUGUGAAGCUGAUUGACAUGGACAAAGUGGUCUUCGUAGCAAUGUCCUGUGGCAGGCCAUUGACCCCUGGGUCGUGUGGAGCGUACCUUGUCCCUCCAGCAGCAUAUCUUGGAUGA